GCGGUGAUUGCGGUACGGUCAGGGAAGCACCUCCAUUUUUUGCGGUCAAAGUAGGGGCAGCAUUGCGGCCAAUCUAGCGCGCGUCAUAUUCACGUGACAAGAAUUGAAAGUUACGUCCCGACGCUUCGCUCUUCACAAUCCCCACUCCACCACGACACGACCCAACCACCUUCACCACCGCGCGUCAUCAACACACGUCGCCACCCAUCAAGUACGCGGUACACAUAUCGCGUCCGACACCUCGUCAGCUUUAAUCGCUGUUUCCCAUCCAUCCUACGCGUCGAUAGCAGACCGUGCUACCGUAAGCUAGACACGAACCAUGGCGGACGCGGCGGCAACACCCGUGGCAACCGAGCCUACGAUCUCCACCGAGAUCCCAACGCGUCCCGCAGACGCCGCAGCUGCGCCCGCUGUCGCCGAAGCGAAGCCCUCUGAGGGGGAUGCCGUCAUCGCUACCGAGGGAGUCGCUGAAGACAAGGAGAAGACUGAGGAGUCCACUGCUGCGAAGGAUGAGGCCACUGCCGACGCGCCCGACACAGCCGCACCAAGCAAUGACACGGACGCCGCGCCUGUCACCGAACCUGCCGCCGAACCUGCAGCUGAGCCCCCAGCUGCUGGCUCCGCGACCAACGGCACCGCCACCACCCCGGCUAAGACAAGUAACAGCAGGCGAAAGUCAGGGGCUGGCGUGCCUGAGCAUAAGAAGAAGACACCUGCCAAGAGCAAGAAGAAGGCACCCGAGCUCCGUCUCGAUGCUCAGCCGGGAGACAUGUACAUGGUCGCUAUGCGAGGGUACCAGCCGUGGCCGGUCAUCGUUUGCGACGAGGAGAUGCUCCCCGAAUCUCUCCUGAGCAAGCGACCGGUCAGCGCGAAGCGCAUCGACGGCACAUACCGCGAGGACUUCCUCGAGGGUGGGAAGAACGCGAAAGACCGCAGGUAUCCUAUCAUGUUCCUCGGUACCAACGAGUUCGCAUGGCAGGUAAAUACCGAGCUCCUGACAUUCAAUGUUGAAGACGUAAAGAAGGAUGUCGAGGCCGGGAACUCGGCGAAGAAGAACAAGGCGCUGUGGUCAGCGUACGAGAUGGCCGCAGAGGGCCACGAUCUGGCCUACUUCAAGACCAUGCUCGCAAGCCACGAAGCAGCUCUGCAAGAGGAUGCUGAGGCACGUGAAGCUAAGGAAGCCGAGAAGAAGGAGAAGAAGGACAAGGCCUCUAAGCGGAAGAGCACGGCUGCGGUCGACUCGGACGAUGUGGAGAUGGGAGAUGCUGGCGAUGAUGCAGCGCCUUCUGCGAAGAAGGCCAAGGCAACAAAGAAGCGCAAGAAGGAGGAUGGCAGCGACGGCGAGGAGCCUGCGGCUAAGACCCCGAAGACUACCAAGCUGAAGCUCAACAAUAAGACCCCCAAGGAAGGUUCUGCCGCGAAGCCGAAGAAGGAGACAAAGUCUAAGAAGAAGGCCGUUGAAGAGCCUGCGCCAGCCAUAUCAGAGGAGCCUGAGAUGACUGCCGAAGAGCGGUUCGCUAAGCGCGAGAAGCAGAUUCUAUACCUUCGACACCGGUUGCAGAAGGGUUUCCUUUCGCGAGACCAGGCACCCAAGGACGAAGACAUGACUAACAUGGCCGACUACCUGAAGCAGCUUGAAGCGUACGAUGACCUCGAGGCUGAGAUCAUCAAGAGAACGAAGGUCCACAAGGUCCUCAAGGCCAUCAUCAAGCUCGACAACAUCCCCCAGGAAGAGCAGCACAGCUUCAAGCAACGCUCUGCGGAACUGCUCGGCAAGUGGAAUGCUUCGCUGGCUUCUGCUGACAGAGACUCUGCGGAGAAGACCACACCUGCUGCUACCAACGGUGUCAAGGCCGACGACGAGAAGUCCGAGUCCGCAAAGGCCGAGACCCCAGUGGUCGAGAAGAAGGAGGAGACCACAGAGGAGACCAAGGGGGAGACCAACGCUGAGCCGACAGAAGAGAAGGAGGAGGCACCAAAGGUCGAGGCACCAGCCGAGCCUACUGCUGCGGCGCCUGCCGACAAGGAUGGUGACGUGUCGAUGGCCGAUGUUGAGGCUACCAAGGAGGCUCCCGCAAUCAUGGAUGCACCCAACCCGGAAGGCGUCAAUGCUGCGACCACUGAAUCGGCAUCAGAGACCGCGGCCGCAACUACCUCCUGAGCAACCCUGUUAGCUUGGUGACAGCUAGGCAAGUGGACAAGCCUAUUGAGUGAGAAUGAUACACUUUGAGAUUGACAAGGCGAGGCGUCUGAUUGGACGUCAAGACUGCGAUGCGCGGAGAGGGUGCAAUACCCAGUGGUCUUACAAGCCCAAGGGCGUUGACGUACUGUACAUAUAUUGCUGCUUAGCAUUGUCAGCCGUUUUGGUUGGAGAUGGAGAGCGGCGGGUGGUUAUUCUUUGAGCGAAUCUGAUCCAAAUCAAGCACUGCAAUCACUUUGUCUAUCUAUUAUGUGUUCUUCGCGACUGGUAUAUUUGGAAAUACUGGCUCCUCUCGACUAUCUCGCAAAGCGUCAUCGCCAUUUCAUACCAACAGGUCUUGAUAUGUAGCAGCAUAUCUGCACAACACUGUCUACUUCAGAUUGAGCUCGGAACUGGC